GAGAAUGAGGAAAGGAUGAGGCAUUGACUACCCACCAUUCAUCCAAGAUAAUAUAUUUGGGGAAAAGGAAAACACACAUUCAAAAUUAAAGUGAACACCUCUAUCUCUAUCUAUUCAUUUCAUUCAUUCAUAUUAUUACUACUUUAUAUUAUUAUUAUUAUUAUUGUAUCUCUUUCUCACUCACACAAAACAGAAACACAAGUGUAGUAUCUUAAAUUAAUAUCCUAAUAAUGGCACUGAGGAUGUGGGCUUCUUCAACUGCCAAUGCACUCAAACUCUCUUCUUCUUCUUCCUCCAAGUUACCUCCUUUUUCCCUCUCCAGAUCUUUCUCUUCUGUUUUGGAUGGACUCAAGUACUCAUCUUCACAUGAAUGGGUGAAGCAUGAAGGAUCAAUAGCCACAAUUGGUAUCACUGAUCAUGCCCAGGAACAUCUUGGAGAGGUUGUGUUUGUGGAGCUUCCAGAAGCUGGUGGUUCAGUUAGCAAGGGUAACGGUUUUGGAGCAGUUGAAAGUGUUAAGGCAACAAGUGAUGUAAACUCUCCAAUAUCUGGUGAGAUUGUUGAGGUUAAUGACAAACUCACAGGAAAGCCUGGUCUGAUCAACUCAAGCCCAUAUGAAGAUGGAUGGAUGAUCAAAAUAAAGCCAAGUAGUCCAACUGAAUUAGAUUCAUUGUUGGGUGCAAAGGAGUACACAAAAUUUUGUGAGGAAGAAGAUGCUGCUCAUUAAUUCAAGUUAAUUUCAAUAUGGGGACUGACUGUUUUUCGUAUGUACUACUAUGAUCAUUGUUAUCCACUUUAAUAAUUUCAACAGUUUCUUCAAGUGCAAUUCAACUGCUUCAAGUUAUUGUUCUUUCCUUGCUAUUAUUGUCACCGACACUUCAAUGUGUCACUCUAUCUUGUCAUGUACUUUAUUUAAAUCUAAUAAUUUACAAGAACAUAUAUACUAAGGUCAUAACAUCUAAGAUUACCACA